UGCAGGGACCUCGCCACCCUCUCUGGCCCGGUCCACUGCCUCUUCCAGGAAGCCUCCAGGACUCACAGCUUCCAGGCCCCAGUCUUGUGCCGAGGAGGGGAGGGCCUGCAGCGUGUGGGUGCAUCAGGUGCUCAGCCAGCAGCAGGUUCUUUCCCGGUGGCCUGAGGGCCAGGGGCGGGCAGAGGGACCUUCCUCGGGCCACCCCACCGGGAGAAGCAGGCGGGGACCAAGGUGCGGCCUCUCAGGGCCUCCUUAGAAAAGCACGGGUCAGAGGGUGGCUGGCCAGCCCUGCCACCAGGCCCCUGACCUGAUGCCUGGGAGGCCGCAGGGUUCAGAGCUGCGGGAUGGGAUGGGUGUGGCCCCGUGAUCCUGUUGGGGCACCCACACGCGUGGUCUGGUAAAAUCCCGUUCUGUUUACUUUGGCCUUUACUGAAGCGCAUAGGAGUCGCAGGAGAGAGGUGGAGAGCAGAGAAGGACCCUGAUGAGGGACGCAGUGCAGAGCAAGCAGGGACCCCAGGCUGUGCCUCCUCCCCAGCGCUGUCUUGAGACCGUGGAGUCAUUUUUAAAAUGUUUAUUCAGUAAUUUUCAUUUAUUUGAGAAAGUGUCGGAGCGAGGGAGAGGGGUGUCUGCCUGCUGGUUCUUGGCUCAGGUGGCUGCGCAGCCGGGCUGGGCUCCAUCCGGGGCUCUCAGGUGGGCGGCAGGAGCAGACCCCCAACGCGAUCCCAGACGCCCUGACGGGACGCAGCUGUCCCCAGCGCCCGCCUGAGUACCAGCUCUGUUCUGUGAGUCAGCAUUUCCCCUGCUGUGGGCAACGAGUCCCUUCUUCCAGGGAGGUGCUUGGGAUUGUGUAACUUGUUCCCUUUUCUGCUGUUAAGAUGCAUUGAUUGAUUUGAAAGACAGGGAAUGGGGGAUCUUCCAUCUGUUGGUUCUCUCCUCAAGUGGCUGCUGCCCUGGCCAAAGCCAGGAGCCUGGGACUCCAUCCGGGUCUCCCAUGUGAGUGCAGGGCCCAAGCACUUGGGUUAUCUUCUGCUGCUUUCCCAAGUGCAUCAGCAGGGAGCUGGAUUGGAAGUGGAGCAGCCAGGACUUGAACCGGUGCCUGUAUGGGAUGCUGGCACCGCAGAUGGCACCUGCUGUGCCCCAACUCUGGCCCCAGUACUUGGUCCUUAGGAAACUGUCGCCUUCCUGUCCGAUGGUUUUUGCCAGAAUCAGUUAUUACUCCAGGGGUUGCAAAACAGUGGUUUUCUGCAUGUUGUACUUGGCUCUCAGCUGCAAGGGCUUCCCGCUCCCCUCUGAAAAGCAGAGAGAGAGAGAGAGACUUCAUCCACCGCAUCACUCUCCAAGUGGCCAGGCCAAAGUCAGGAGCCCGGAACUCAUCCCGGUCCCCGUCGCGUGGGCGGGGAGCUGGAAGGGAAUGGGAGCCGGGAGCCGCCUGGCAGGCAGCCGCUCGACCCGCGCGCGCCACAGCCGGCCCUGCGACUGCUCCAUUACGGUCGAUGCUGAUGGUGACCUCAGAGCGUGGCCCUGGGUUGGGUGAGCGGCAAGCCUGAACGAGGCCCAUGAGAACUUCCUUCCUCUCCGUGGGAAAGUGCCAGGCCCGGGAUGCAUUUAUUCUUCUACGGCUGUGCGUGUUUGAGAGAAGGGGCUCCUGUCUGCGGAGCUGAGGGCAGGGAACCCCGUCCAGGCCCCCACGUGCGUGGCCGGGCCCCGGCUGCGUGAGCCAUCACCGCUGCCUCCCAGACCAGGUUCUCCCGCGUGGGAGGCCCGCCCCUCCACAGGUGCUGCCAGUCAAGUCCCGCGGGGGUCCCGGCGUCGGCGUAGAGCGCCCCGCCCCCGGGAAGCGACGCCCAAUCCCGGGCUAGGCCAGCCCCCUGCGCGAGCCAUGGGCCCGCCUCCGCACGCCGAUUGGCCGAGCUGCCAGCGGACGCCGCGCCGGGAAGACCCGGAGAAGACGGAUUUGCUGAGGGAAUGGGACCCCCGCGGCGCCGCGGCGCAUGCUCCUGAGGCGCCCGCCCGGCGUUCCGAGAGGCCGGUCCCCCGCGGGGUCGCGCGCGCGGGCACGGGGCUCGCUUAGGAGGGCGUCUCGGCGCGGCGAGCGGGCGCCGGGGUCGCGGUGUCCUGAGGGGCCUGGGCCGCGAGGGCGACGCCUGCGGCUGCAGCGGCGGAGACUGAGGGAGCCGUCGCGGCCGCGCUCGGACCGGGAGGGGCCGCUGCCGACGAGACCCGGCCCGAGGACUCCUCCGCCGUCAUGGAAAGGGCGCUGGGCAGAAGUCCGUGCGUGGGCUGAGCGUGGCCUGAGCGUCGGGCCCUGGUCCCGGGAUGCCCCUGCCUGAGCCCCGCGAGCAGGAGGCCGAGAGUGGGACCGCUGGCCCGGAGCCGUCGCCCGAGCUGAAGCGCAGCAAGCUAGACGCAGCCCCCGAGCCGCUGGAGUUCCUGAGGACCCCGUUUGGGGGCCGCCUCCUGGUGAACGAGUCGUUCCUGUACAGGCAGGAGAAGGCCGUCGGGGACAAGGUGUACUGGAAGUGCCGUCGGCACGCCGGGCUGGGCUGCCGGGGCCGGGCCAUCACCCGCGGCGCCCGGGCCACUGUGAUGCGGGACCACUGCCACCUGCCAGACGAGGAAGGCCUGCGGGCCCGGCCCAGCCC